GGGUCCACACCGCAACAAAGCGAAAGAGGUAAAUCAAAACUCUAAACCAUCUCCCUUAACGUCUCGCUCCGACCAAAAGAUUCCUGCCGGAAUGGCCUCUAACCUUCACCACCACCACCACUGCAUCUGCCACUCCUCCGCCGCCUCCGCGGCCCCCACGGCGUGUUAUUGCUGCUCCAUCCCCGUACCCCACCACCCUCCGCCGCCAGACCUACAUUCUCUACCACCUUGCUUCAACAACCCACAGCAGCAGCCCCACUUGUUUGAUCCCUGCCCAAAUUCACCCUACAACACCCAAUGUCGCCACCCUAAUCCCCUCCAUCAAACCGGAAAAGUUUACGUUCAAGAACUCCACCACCAGCCCGUCUUCUCCUCCCUCCUCCGCCGCAUCGCCUCUCUGGAGUCUUCUCUCCGCCGCCGCCGCUCCAUUUCUUCUCACUCCCUCCGUGACACCGCCGCCCGUACCAUCCAGACCCACUUCAGAGCCUUCCUCGUUCGCAGAUCAAGAACCCUUCGCCACCUCAAGGAGCUCGCUUCCAUCAAGUCCGCCCUCAACACUCUCAAAUCCUCAGCUUCCAAUAUCGAUCCCCUAGCCCUCUCUCACAAAGCCAAGAACUUGCUUCUUCAACUCGGUGCCAUCCAGGACAGUGAUCCAAUGAUCAGAGAUGGCAAAAACUCGAUUACCCGAGAAUUAGUUAAGUUAAUUGAGUUAAUUGAUGUGGAAAGUUACAGUCUUUCAAGUAGAAUAGUCAAGAAUGUGAAGCAUGGUUGUGCUAAGAACAAAUCUAGGGUUCAUGUCCUUCAGGAAAUGGAAAAAAUGGAGAGUAUUAUCAAUAAGUAUCUUGAGCUGAGGAAAUCUGUGGAGGAAGAAGAAGAAGAAGAAGAUGAUGAUGAUGAGGAGGAGGAAUUCGAAAGCCCUAGAGUUUCAGUAGUUAAGAAGUCUGGGGUUCUGAGAAAGGGUGGUUUGGGUAAAAGGAAUGGUGGGGUUAACUCCAAAGUAAACAAAGGUGUGAGCUUUGCUGAGGAUAGUAAUAUUUUUAGGUAUCCUCAAGUGAACCUCAAACCAGUUUCAGACCGGGAAGGUGAUAGCGUCGAUGGCAAUGAAGAGCUUAUAGAAAAUCUUUGCAGGCGAGUCGAGGAUCUUGGUGUCUCGUUGAAAGACGUUGAGGUUGAUGAGGAAGCUCAGUUGGAGGAUGGUGGAGGGUCACGGGGGAGCAGUGAUGCUGAAACUGAACCGAAUUACAGUUCCAGAAAAGAAGGCAAGUUUGGCAUUAGGCUCGAUCAGGGUGAUGAUAAUGGAACUUUCGUCUUCUCUGCACCUUUGCCCGUGAAGAUGGAAGGAAGGGCGGGUUUUUCCAACAGGCAUAAGACUGUAAGAUUCGCAGAUUAAGCACUCCACCCUGCACCACAUUGGGUAAGAUUUUGCCAAUUAAGCAUUGGGUCGGGCGUUUCUUUGUUGUAAUCUUGUUAUGUCUGGAUGAAACAGGACUGGGUUUAUCAUUGCCAAUAAUUAGUCUGUGAUAGAGGUAGAUGUCCUAGGAAGAGAUUAAAUUUGUGAUGAAACCUUGUUUCUUUUUUUCUUGUGGUUUGUUGUUGGUGUGUGGGAUUUUUGAGAAUGUAUGUGAAACUCCUGCUCAAA